UCUCCUCUUCCGUCGAUGACUUGCGCGCUUCCUCCUUUUCCUCGCUGACCUUGUCCCUUCCGAUCUUGAACCAGCCGAGACGGUUCCACGCUUUGAUGGGCAACCACCCCUCCCGGCGCGGCCGCGCCGAUGGCCGUCAAGAGGCGGGCUCCGUCCGCCGCAAGCUCCGCUCGCAAUUCCGCGGCAGCGGCGGCGUCGGCCGCGUCCUCCGCCGCCCCAUGGAGAACGUGCACACCUUCUACUCCUUCGGACGCGAGCUCGGGCGCGGGCAGUUUGGAGUCACGUCCCUGGUGACCAGCAAGGCCACCGGCGAGAAGCUGGCCUGCAAGUCGAUCGCCACCCGCAAGCUGACGCACGGCGACGAUCUCGAGGACGUCCGCCGGGAGGUGCAGAUCAUGCACCACCUGACGGGCCACCGCAACAUCGUCGAGCUCAAAGGCGCCUACGAGGACCGCUCCUCCGUUUACCUCGUGAUGGAAUUGUGUGAGGGCGGAGAGCUCUUCGAUCGCAUCAUCUCGCGCGGCCACUACUCCGAGCGUGCCGCCGCCUCCCUUUGCCGUGAGAUCGUCAAUGUGGUACACUGCUGCCACUCGAUGGGCGUAAUGCACCGCGACCUCAAACCUGAGAACUUCCUCUUCCUUAACACCAACGAGGACUCGCCGCUGAAGGCCACCGAUUUCGGCCUCUCCACCUUCUUCAAACCAGGAGAAGUAUUCAAGGAUGUUCUUGGUAGUGCAUACUAUAUUGCUCCUGAGGUAUUGCGAAGGAAUUAUGGACCAGAGGCUGAUAUUUGGAGCGCUGGAGUGAUUCUCUUCAUUCUUCUUUCUGGAGUUCCUCCUUUUUGGGCCGAGAACGACCAAGGCAUUUUUUCUGCUAUACUACGCGGGCAUUUGAAUUUUUCAGCUGAUCCUUGGCCAUGUAUAUCAGACAGUGCAAAAGAUCUAGUGAAGAAAAUGCUAAGGGCAAAUCCAAAAGAACGACUUACUGCUGCUGCAAUUCUCAAGCAUCCAUGGAUAAGGGAAGAUGGGGAAGCUCCUGAUAAUCCACUUGACUUAACAGUUAUAAGUAGAAUGAAGCAGUUCAGGGCCAUGAACAAGCUUAAAAAAGUAGCCUUGAAGAAUACUUGUGCUCAGGUGAUAGCUGAAAGCUUAUCAGAGGAAGAAAUCAUAGGUUUGAAGGAAAUGUUCAAAUCAAUGGACACCGACAACAGUGGUACAUUGACUGUUGAAGAACUGAAAGCUGGAAUUCCCAGAUUGGGUAACCUGGGUAUCAAGAUUACUGAAUCUGAAGUUCAGCAAUUGAUGGAAGCAGCAGACGUGGAUGGAAAUGGAUGCAUUGACUAUAUGGAAUUUAUCACUGCCACAAUGCAUAUGAACCGAAUGGAAAAAGAAGAUCAUCUUUACAAGGCAUUCCAGUAUUUUGACAAGGAUCAAAGCGGAUACAUCACUGUUGAGGAACUGGAGCAAGCUCUUAUGGAUUACAACAUGGGGGAUCAACAAACAAUUAAGGAGAUAAUUGCUGAAGUUGAUAUUAACCAUGAUGGAAGAAUCAAUUACGAGGAGUUUGUGACCAUGAUGAAAAAUGAGGGCGCGGAGAUUAACAUCCACAAAUGAAUAUUUGUUUUUUCAAUGGACUUUGGUAAACCAACACUGCCAUGUUACAAUAGCUUCAGCCACAUUGAUCUGCUGAAAGAAUUACUGACUUGACAAGGAAACAAGAGAUUUGUCCCUUUUAGUAGACAAAAGAAAAUGACGUAAACUUAACCUGAAAUGCUAUCUUGUAAAUCUGAAUCUGCUUUUGCAACCCAUUCUUUUUCUUCUUAAAUUAUCAUUCCUUCAAUUUUUUUAUGACUCUUGUGCACCAGUGUGUUGUUCCUGAAGAACAAGAUCAGAAUGUACAAGAAUCAUUCAUUCUUUUUCAUUGUUUGAAUGAAUUGGGAAUGCCAUGAAGGAA